AUGGUUCAAACUCGCGCGUCGAAGAGGAAGAGCGCAGAAGCUGAGAGCGUUAAUGGCACGAGGAGCGGCACUGAGGAGCUUUCGCAGAAGGUGAUGUCUCCUAAGGCGCCGUCUGAGUCACCGAAGAGAAGGAAACUCAACGGCACGAAAGAGGCUAAACAGGAGUCCGAGGAGCUUGCUGCAAAGCAAGAUGCCGAGGAACAUGAUGUCACGGCGCAAGAUGUCAAGGCGCACGAUGUUGAGGCGCAAGAUGCUAAAGAACAAGUCGCUAAGGUACAAGGUGCCGAGAAGCAAGGUGCCAAAGCGCCAGAUGCUAAGGAGCAAGUUGUGAAGGAGCAGGAUGCUGAGGCGCACGAUGCUGAGGAGCAAUGCACUAAGCAGCCAGAUGCUGAAGAGCCGGAUGCCAAAGAGAAGGGUGCAAAGUUGCAACCCACUGGCAAGCGAGGUGCCGAGAACGGAAGUGAUGACCAGCCGGGUGCUGAGGCUGAAGACGACGAGGAGGAGGAAUUCGCUGAUUUCACCGAGGCGAUGGACGCGGGAAAACGGGCUUGGCAAGGCUUCUGCGAGAUUGAAUCUGAGCCUGCAUAUUUCAAUGUGAUGCUGAAGGAGUUCGGCGUUCAAGGUGUCAAAGUGCAAGAGGUGUAUGGGCUGGACCCAGACAUGCUUGCAAUGCUACCUAAACCUGUCUACGGCCUCAUCUUCCUCUUCCGCUAUCGAGAGCUAGAUGCCGACACCCAGGAGGCCAGCUGCCCCUUGCAUAUUUGGUUCGCGAACCAAAUCGACCCGCACUCCUGUGCCACCGUCGCCAUGCUCAACAUCAUCAACAACAUCCCCGACGUCGACAUUGGCGAGCAUCUCCGCUCCUUCAAGGACUUCACCCAGAACUUCCCGCCGCACCUCCGUGGCCGCGAGAUCAACUCCUUCGAGCUUGUGAGGCAUAUCCACAACUCCUUCGCCCGCCGGAUCGACAUGCUUAAGAUCGACCUCGAGAUGGCCGAGAAGGUUCAAGCCGCUGAGAAGCAGAAGAAAGCAGAGGCUGCUGCCAAGGCUAGAGCCGCCAAAGCAAACAAUUUCAAAGCCAGCGCUGCUAAAUCGAAGGCUGCCAAGCGUAAGGCCCGCGCCGCUCGCGAGUCGGACGAUGAGGAACAAGAACAAGUCGACGACGAAGAAGCCGCUUACCACUUCUCAGCCUACAUGCCUAUAGGCUCCACCGUCUGGAAGCUCGAUGGCCUGGACCGCCAACCAACGCAGUUCGGUGACAUCGAGCUCGAGGGAGAUUGGCUCACUACCGUCGCUGAUGUCUUGGCCAGCCGCAUGGCGCAGUACGAAGCCAACGACAUUUCCUUCAACCUGAUGGCGCUGGUUAAGGAUCCGCUCAUUGCGUUGAGGAAGGAGUUGUCAGAGAACGUCAAGGGUAUCAACACUGUUGAGGGAGCACUUGACAAUGUUGAAGGGGAGUGGAAGGGCUUCUUGCCCGCUGACGAAGAAGGGAAGGUUUUGACGACAAUGUCCGUGGGGCUGGGCAUCUCGGUUCAAGACAUCGAUGAUGCUGGUCUCCCGCCUUCAGUUGCUGAGAGACUGACGAAGCACGACACCCUGGAAGAGGAAGGUCUCACUCUGCAGGACUUGCUCGACCUCAGAGGACAGCUCGCUAGUGCGCAGACGCCGUUGAGAGCUAGUAUCAGAGACGAGCUUGAGUCUGCGGAGAGCGAUAAGCAGAAGGCGACGACGAGGAGGCAUGAUUAUGGACCGUUCAUCGAGGAGUGGUUGGGCAUGCUGCAGGAGAAUGGGGAGCUGGACGCGCUUGUUGAGAAGCAGUUGCCGCCCAAGAAGGGGAAGAAGACGCCUGCGAAGAAAGCACCAGCCAAGAAGACUCCGGUCGCAAAGAAGACCACGACCACGAAGAAGGGUGGGAAUGGAGGAAGGGUGACGAAGAAGGGACGGAGGUAG